AUGGCAACACGUACUGUUGGUUUGAUUCAAAAUCAAGAUUUAAAUGCUCGGUUCAAUGGCAAGACCAAUGUCUCUAAAGCACAGAGGAAAGGUGGUAUUGGUGGAAGAAAACCACUUGUUGAUCUAUCCAAUUCAGUGAAACCAACCCCAAACCAGUCAUCAAAGAAGGAGAAUGCCAAAAGCAUUCCAUUCAUUGAGAAAGAGAUUGGUAUCUUUAAUCCCACACAUGAUUCAAGCAAAACAAAGAGUGUCUAUAAAGCUGAGAAAGUGCAAGCAACUGGCAGGAAAGCUCUCUCUGACAUUUCCAACUCAGGUAAGCCAUACUCGCAAGGACCAUCAAAGAAUAACCAAAAGGCAAAGUUGGGUAAUCUGGAAGAGGAUCGAUGUCAACUCGAAGAUAUUGCAGAGGAAGGGUGUCUGCAUAAUCAUGAAGAUUGCAUCAAAACACAAAAAAGAGCUAUAAGCACUAAUGAAUUUUUGCGGAUUCUUGGAUUAGAUGAUUUCUCCAAACAUUCAGCAUCUGCAAAUGAAUAUUCAUUGUCAAACAUAUUGGAGCCUAUGAGUCCCCCAAGGUAUGCCGAAUCGAACAAGAUGACUGUGAUGCUGAUUGAAGAGCCAUCUCCUCCAAAACAUACGUUGUUAAGAAAAUUCGACUCUUUUGCAGCUAGUCCAGAGCCAUUGGAACACCAUAUGCAGUGGGAUGAUCCUAAGUACAUUCCCAGUUUUAAGCUGCUGAAAGAAUCACCAUAAUGGUGAAAAGCAUUGCUUUUGCUAUUAGCAGUAAUCCAUGUAUGACAAUUUCUUUCAUUGCAAUUUUGUACUGGACUGCAGUUGUUUUGCUAGUAGGAAAACUGUAAAAAAAUGGCAACUUGAGUUGCAUUCAGGUUCAGGUUUGAGAUGAAAUGAAAGCU